UGUGAUAGCCUGGUUGAAUGGCACAAGCGUGUGUCGGCUGCGGGUGAAGUUAUGGUAAGGGCAUCAUCCUCAGAGGGAACAUAAACAAGAACUGUCCAUUCAAAUGUGUUUCUGAGGAUGAACUUCAGCAAGCCAUCAGCUGACCACACGAUGCCCUGAGCCCCUCACUUCCCCCAUUUUCUGAGCAGCUCUGAGAAAAGAACUAAGAGGCUGAAAAAGGAAACAGAAAUGCCAAGAAAAGCAGAAGAGGGAGACGGGGUAAGCUGGCCCUGGGGGAGGAGGUUUCAGCCGCAGUUGGAGAGACACCAGAGGGAGAUGGGGUGAGCCAACCCUGGGUGAGGAGGUUUCAGCUGCAGCUGGAGACACCUCAGUGGGACAAGACCAUGUGGCUGCCAUUAGCUCUGCUGCUCCUCUGUGUCCCAGGCUCUUUGUCUCUGAGUGGCCCCAGCACUGUGAUGGGCAUUGUGGGGGGAUCCCUGAGAGUGCAGUGUCGGUACGAGGAGAAAUACAAGACAUUUACCAAAUACUGGUGCCGACAACCAUGCUUGCCACUUUGGAACCAGAUUGUGGCCGCCAGAGGGUCUGAGGAAAAGAUGAGGAGUGGCCGCGUGUCCAUCGUGGACCAUUCUGGAGACCUCACCUUCACAGUGACCUUGGAGAACCUCACUGCAGAUGAUGCAGGAAAAUACAGGUGUGGGAUUGCAACAAUGCUGCAUGAAGAAGGACUCCAUGGUUUCCUGCCUGACCUUUUUUUCCAGGUUCAAGUGUUUGUUUCCCCUAGGUCCCUGUUUGGCAGCGUCCACUUCCUACUCCUCAUUCUCCUGAAGGUGCCCCUGUUUCUGAUUAUGCUCAGUGCUGUCCUCUGGGUUAACAGGCCUCAGUGGGCAAUUUGUGGGGCACAGAGUCGGCCUGAUGAAGACAACUUGCGGCCCUCCUUGAGCAUCGAUAUCCUGUCCAGAGACACCGCCACUCAGACUAGAGGAGGAAGAACUUCUGACCCCAAACCUACCUCUUCCCAAAAACUGGUAAAAAUAAAUAAAUAAAUAAAUACA